UGUGUGUUUUGGAGAAAGAAUGAACCACUUCAACCUGCCUGCGCGGGAGCCCGAUAAUAACUACCGGGCUGUUCCUCUGGAUGGAUUUACCGUCCUUCCCACCACGCAUCGCAGAAUUUCGUUCACAAGACAGCUGAUUGUGAAGCCAAUCAAUACGGAGCGGAGGGGAAUUGGACAAGAAGGCUCAGAUAUUUUUUUGCGUUCUUUGCUCUCCGACAUCCGUGGAGAGGACUGCGCACCUGCGGAGAGUCUCUGCUUGGCUUUUUUUUUUCUACCCUCACUGAGAGGUCCGAUUUGCGAGCUGUCGCAGCUAUAGGCUACACUUUACUGGACUGGACAGCGGACUGGGCAUUAGAUUUGAGAGGAGGGGUGAAGAGGAGAGAGAGAGAGAAAAAGAGAGAGAGAGCGUGUGACUGGAUGAAUCCAUUUCUUUCCUUUGCCACUCCACAGGCGCUCACCCUUUUAUCCCAGCCUGACCGACGGACAGCAUGCCAAACGCAGACUAAAAGCGGAAGAGUUUGAAGACUGGAGUGAGACGUUCACACCUGCAGCACCCCCGUGCAGGACCGGGUAUCGUCCGCAUCUUGGAUCGGGGCUGGAGUAACCACUGGCUCCGCGUUAAAUGGUCUCCAAACCCCGAGGUCCCCCCGGGAUGGCGUGCAGUGCGUGUUACUACCUGGUUAUCAGCUCCACUCACCUGAGCAAUGGACACUUUCGGCGCGUCAAGGGUGUCUUCAGAGGACCGCUCUGUCCAACAGGAAGCAGCGACGCACCGGAAUGCACAGAGAGGACUUUGGGUUGCUCGGUCGAGGAUCUGAAGUCGCUUUUCUACUGCGAGCUGUGUGACAAGCAGUACCUGAGACACCAGGAGUUUGACAACCACAUCAACUCCUACGACCACGCACACAAGCAGAGGUUGAAGGAACUGCAGCACAGAGAGUUUGUUCGCAACGUGGCCUCAAAAUCAUGGAAGGACCAGCGCAAACAAGAGAAGGCUCUAAGGCGUCUGCAUCAGCUCGCGCAGCUGCAGCAAGAAAGCCAGCGAGUUCCAAGAAGGAGUUUUGGGCAGAGACGUGCAACUAGAGCUAUUAGUCAGACACAAGAUAAAGAAGUGAACCAAAGAAACUGCAGCUCAGAGGACAAUCCUAAAGCCUGUGACCCCCUCCAGCAAAGCACUGCUACAGAGCCAAGGACUUUCAGCCACCAGUCAGAUGAUUCAUACCAAUCUCUUUCACAAAUACCUUUAGCCACAGCUCUACAAGAAUCUCCACUGAUUCCUUCAGUGUCUCACACAGACUCUCCGCCACUGCAUCCACAACCUUGCCACAGCUUUUGCCCUCAACUACCUCCCCCUGCACAGGGGAGAGUGGGAGGCAGGCUCGGGGUGUCCUUCUGUUUCUCUCGGAGAGGGCCCAGGCUAGAACCUUCAGCCUCAGUCUUCUCAGACCUGGAGGAGGAGGAGAGAGAGAAGAGGGAACAAAUGAAGGAAAGAGUAAAGGCUAUAAUGGAAGACAUCGACAGGGAACUAGGGGAAGCAGAUGAAAGUGAAAAGGAUAAGUCCAGCCCUGAGAGUGUCUUGCUGAGGGACAUGCAGCGCAUCCCUGGAGAGGUUGCAAGAAAAGAGGGACAGAUGGAACGUUUUCCUAUUUCCACUGCAGCCAGUGACAAUCAGAGCCAGGACUUAUUAGUCUCACAGUCCCAGGCUGCGAUGACCGUAUAUGGCACCACACUGGCAGAGUCUCAGAUGGACACCAAACAGAAAGACAGAGUUGCUGAAAGACACCAAGUAACACUGAGACAGAGGGAGGGGGGUGAUUUUCUAUGUGUGCUGGGCAGGGACGGUUCAACCAGUCUCAGAUGGCCUGUCAGUUUGCUUAAGUUCACCAAGUCUCAACCACACAUCUCCUACAGCUGCAACCCGCUCCGCACCAAUCUUCAGACUGCGGAUAAACUCAAUGAAGAUCUGCAGGAGUCGCAGCAAAAUCUGCUGCGUGCUCUUUCAGGUGAAUUUAAUCCGUUUGAGCCAUCUGCUCAUACAGCAGAUGUUCAUUCCUGUUUGCAAGGACGAGAAAGACAUGAGAUGAAAACACACAGACAGGGAAAAGAUGAGCAACAUAUCAACGUGGAGACAGAAGCACAUCUGUUCCUUGAAAACAAAAACCCUCCAUCACUAGGAACAGGAUCAGACAAAGGAAGGUGCAUGAUAAGUGAGGAAAAUUGCAAAGGGGCAGCCCCCCAUCCAUUUGACCCCACUCAGAGUGACAGCUCUGACACAAACUCACAGAAUCCUCCGGGAGGCAGAUUAGAGGGUACAAGAGGGAUCAGGAAGAGAGCCAUCACAGCCCUGAGCUGUAAAUUAGAGUCUGUCACCCAGCCUGGCACACAGGGGAUGUGCAUCAGCCCGUCCAGGUGUGAAUGUGGGAGUGAGACAAUGCACAAGUGUGCCAGAACUCCAGAGCCACACGUGGGUGUCCCAAAAGUGUCACCCAGAAAGAGGAAGACCAACACAAAGAAACACAAGCUGGCAAAGAAAAAGAAGGACAAGAAGGAUCGAGCCUCAAACAACCGGCGAUUAGCAAAGUGCAAAGUAAGGAGUGUUGUCUCCGCAGUCUGCAGAGCAGUAGAUGCUAAAAAGAGAUCAGCGAAGAAAAGGAGGCAAAGAAAGGACAGGGCGAGGGGGGUGGCUGGCGCAGACGGCGACUGUCUCCUGGGGAGAUGUGUGGCUGAGCCAGUAUCAGUCUCUGUCAGAAAGAGGAGGCCUCAGAGGAGCCGCCGUGGUGAAUUCAAGUCAGAGCCGGGCAGUGAGCAGGCAGGACCGUACAGCGUCUGCACCGGACUCAGAGACACAGCAGAGGAGAGAGAGCGAGAAGGAGUUGCAGCUGCUUUUCCCUGGCGGUCCCACUUCUUUCGUUCCUCCUCGCCGGGAUGCAACUCAACGUCGUUUUGGGAAAGGGGUCACCAUGGCAACCCCAGGAGUUUCAUUGACUUCUGUUACCCUGACAACAGCUGUGGUAGCGGCCCGACGAAAAAAAGAAAACUCCUCCACAGGGACAGAGAGUUCAUUCAUGGUGAGAGGAGGAAAUCAGGGGGACGCGCAAGCUGCAGAGACAGAGGCCUGGCUUCAGACCCCCAGCAGUGGGAGUGGACGAGAGGUGGCUCUGCUGGAGGCAGUCAGGAGGGCAGGUUGAGAACUGGAUGGAGCCCGAAAAAUAAAACAGCCGAGUGGGAUCAUGUGGGAAGGUUUAACCCGAGUCCUACUUGCUGGAGCAGAAGACAAGAGAAGACAGAAGACGUAGACUGGGACAGGAGCAGUAUCGACAGGUGGACUUUUGGCAGCAGUGAUAGCUGGGACGACAGGGAAACAAAAAGGUCCACUUCAUGCACCAAGAUAAUUUGUGACAGCAGAGACAGCCCAGGCAGUACAUGGAGGUGUGCAGGCACAGGGCGGUCAAGUUCAAGGCACCUCUCAAGCCCUGAGUGGUGGACAAGCCGACAGCCAUCCAGCUGCCAGAGUGGAAUGCGCGCACAGGGCAGCAGAUGCGAUAGCCCACGCUCCUGCAGCCCCUGUAGCAGCACUAGCUUGUCCGAGCUUAGCUGUGAGUGGAGCAAAAGCAGCACCUGCUCAGGGAUAAUUGGAGAUAGGUUGAAUCCUGGCUCCUGCAGAGCAUCCUCAACAUUUGCAGAGACCCCUCUGGAGACAAGAAAGCACGGCAGCCCCACAUUACCUCCAUCUACGCUUCCUAUUUCUCAGCUGUUCCCCCAGAUUUCCCACCUGAAAGGGCCAAACCUCCCUUGUGACAGAAAUCCCACACCGCUAAAGGAGACCGGCUCACAGUUAGACCAUGGACCCUCUGCUUCUGAUGCCACACGCAUCCCAAACGCAGCUUCCCCAGAGUUGCUCUCUAGUAAGACUCUGCCACAGACAACAUCCAGGACAUUGAUUUUACCUCUCAUUGGAAAACUUCCUGCUAUCCAGAGAAAGGCAAGGGAAAAAAAGGGACUGCUGGAAAAAAGUGUGGAAAAGAAGGGAGAGGAGGAAGCUAAGAUCCAUGGGGCCCUUGGCACAAGGAGUGGCAGUCCAAAUUGUCCUCUGAACACUGCUGAGUCAAAUCCCAGCAUGAUCCCAAAUCUUUGUCAGCCGCAGAUUAGGACAGAUGACAAACAGACGGGCGUAGAGACAACUGCGGCAAUCAGCUUUUCGGCAGAGGAGAUGGACAAAUAUCGUGUCUUGCAGGAGCAGGCAAGAGAGCACAUGCAGAAAGUCCUGGAAAACAUACAAGAAGAGCCAAAUAGUCACAUACAGUCCAGGCAUACGCACAGCACACAGACAGAUAGUUGUUUGAUUUUACAGGAAGAAUACAAACCUGCACCCCUGCAGAGCCCGAUGGAGCCCCAGUUGAUUCAUCCAGAUUUGUUGCAAAGACAAGUUCAGCACAUGUUCCAUGUCAGUGUCCCACUCUCACAGGAGAACUUUACACACCCUGUGGCUCUGGGAGUUCCCAACCUUAACCCACUUCCACCUUGCCCCCCUCUCUCAAAUCUUCACCAUAUAAUUUUACAGCACACAGCUCUCUCCAUGGCCCCCCAUGUAACCUCCACGUCCAGCUCAUCCACUGCUCUUCACCAACAUUCCUCCCCAUGCCUUCCUUCCAUCUCUCACCCUCUUCACUUUACCCCGUUCCCCAUUUCUUCCCUGUUUCCCUCAAUCUUGUUUUCCCAUCAACCCAUCCCUCUCCUCUCCAAUUCCCCAGCUUUGCACACAUCCCCUCUCACUCCUCUGUCCCCAUUAGGUCUGCAACCACUGAACUCGCAGCCUUUCAUGGACCGAUCAUGGCCAAUGCAGUUUCAACAAAAGACAAUUUGAUUUUCCAAGAGUGGCUGCAAUGUUUUGAAAGAACAACAGUGAAUGCUUACCCCCCCCCCCCCCCCCACAAUUUAUUUAUUUAUAUAUUUUUUUCAAAUUAGGUCUGUGUUUUGGGUUUGCCCGUAUCAGCAA